AGCCGCCUCCUCCUCGGGAGUCGCCGGUGGACGGAGCCGCCUGGGCCGGGCGUGUGGCGAGCCGGAGCCGGGAGCAGCCGCCUGGGCCGGUCCCCACCCCCGUAUCCCCGAGCGCGGCGCAGGGCCCGCCCCUCCCCCCCCGCUCGUCCCGCUCGGAGCGGCGGCCCCAUGGAGGGCGCGCGGCCUGGUGGGGCCCCCCCGGGGGCCGGGCCCGGCUCCUUCCCCCCGCUCUUCCCCCCGGGGCUGCACGGCAUCUACGGCGAGUGCCGCCGCCUCUACCCCGAGCAGCCCAACCCGCUGCAGGUCACCGCCAUCCUCAAGUACUGGUUGGGGGGACCAGAUCCUCUGGACUACGUUAGCAUGUACAGGAACUUGGGAAACCCAGCGUUGAAUGUUCCUGAGCACUGGCAUUAUGUCAGCUUUGGGUUAAGUGACUUGUAUGGAGACAACAGAGUUCACGAAUUUACAGGAACGGAUGGGCCAAGUGGUUUUGGAUUCGAGUUGACGUUUCGACUAAAGAGAGAAACAGGGGAGUCGGCACCACCUACAUGGCCAGCAGAGUUAAUGCAAGGCUUAGCCAGAUACGUCUUCCAGUCAGAAAAUACCUUCUGUAGUGGCGACCAUGUGUCAUGGCACAGUCCUUUGGACAACAGUGAAUCCAGAAUCCAGCAUAUGUUGCUGACUGAAGAUCCUCAAAUGCAACCAGUACAGACCCCUUUUGGGCUUGUUAAUUUCCUACAGAUCGUUGGGGUUUGCACUGAGGAGCUGCAUGCAGCACAGCAGUGGAACGGACAGGGGAUCUUGGAGCUGCUGCGGACUGUGCCUGUAGCUGGAGGCCCAUGGCUGAUAACAGAUAUGCGAAGAGGAGAGACCAUAUUUGAGAUUGAUCCGCAUCUGCAACAGGAGAGAGUCGAUAAAGGGAUUGAGACAGAUGGCUCGAACCUGAGUGGAGUGAGCGCCAAAUGUGCCUGGGAUGAUCUGAGCCGGCCCCCAGAGGACGACGAAGAUAGUAGAAGCAUUUGCAUUGGAACGCAGCCACGACGGCUGUCUGGGAAAGAUACAGAGCAAAUCAGGGAGACUCUGCGGAGAGGGCUUGAGAUUAACAGCAAACCUGUUCUACCUCCAAUAAACACACAAAGACAGAAUGGGUUGAACUAUGAUCGAGCACCAAGCCGUAAGGAUAGUUUAGAGAGUGAGAGCUCAGCAGCUAUCAUUCCUCAUGAGCUAAUCCGCACAAGACAGCUUGAGAGCGUGCACCUGAAAUUCAACCAGGAGUCUGGCGCACUGAUUCCACUUUGUCUAAGGGGCAGGCUGUUACAUGGACGGCACUUUACAUAUAAAAGUAUUACAGGGGAUACAGCAAUCACGUUUGUAUCGACAGGAGUAGAAGGAGCCUUUGCUACAGAGGAGCAUCCUUAUGCAGCACAUGGGCCUUGGUUACAAAUCCUGUUGACUGAAGAGUUCGUAGAAAGAAUGCUGGAAGACUUAGAAGAUCUGACUUCUCCAGAGGAAUUUAAACUUCCAAAAGAGUACAGCUGGCCUGAAAAGAAACUGAAAGUCUCCAUCUUACCAGACGCUGUGUUCGACAACCCUCUGCAUUAGAGCUGAAUUACACCCCCCUGACAUCGGGGAGAGCCAAGAGACUGUACGUUGCUUAGUGACUCACCGGAUAACUAAUGCAGUAAGAACUGUGCCUUCAAAUAAAGGAGAUUGCUGCACAACCACUGCAAACAGAAGAGGAGUUACACAACACCAACCCAGACAGAACAGGACAGUGCUGAGCCCUUUCUUCCCCAUCCUUUCCUGGGCUGAACUCUCUGGGAACAGCCUGCGUAUGUUUGAGUGCAAGUGAGAAAUAUUUAACUAUGAAAAGUAGUGAUAAGAAUUCUUUCCCUGUUCUAGCUGGCUACAAAUGUCCCUGCAGUCUUCACCCAGGGUGUCGAUACCUUGUACGCCUAUAUUUACAUAUGCACUCUGCCAGGUGCAAGCACAUGGAUUAAAUGUUCUCUCCGUGACUCUGGAAUCCUUUUUGUUAGCCAGACGUUUACCGACUGCAGAACUGUUCCUCCAGGGGCUGUUUUGUCUUUUCAGAAAUGGAAUGGUGUUAACGAGGCCAGAAGCUCGUAGGCUUCAUUUAAAGAUGAACUCUCAAGUUUAGUCAAAAAAACAAAACAAAACCCCCUCCCUGCCACUCGAAUUAGGAAAGGUCUGAGCGUUGAGCUCGGUCUGAUUAGCUCUGGUAUCGCUGCAAAGAGAGGCAACUUUCUUCUUGCACAUCCUGUCCUAGCGUAUGAAUGUAUGCAUGAGCCCCGGAGAAGGUUGUGACCUCUGCUUUUGCACAAGCAGGAGGAAGGGAGACUACCGGGGCAGAGGAGGAGAUCUCCUGUUUACAGAAUGUUUAUCUGUCAAGGGAUACUGUCAAGUACUUUUUCCUUGCUAUUGUACAGAAUCCCUUCAAAUCCUAGAAGUGGGAAAGGACCUGUGUGUUCAGAGGGGCCACACUCCAGGAACCAGAGGGCUGCUCUAAAUCGUUUAAUAGGGAGAUCGUAUCCACGCUCCCCAUCAACAGAGAGUAGCCACCAGCCGAGUCCUGGAAGAAAGCCCUACCUGCACUACAAAACAAACCCUGCUGGGGACCCGCUUACAACACAGUUGUCCUUAGCACAGUUCCAUCUUACCAGACUCUGUGUUCAUCAACCUGCAGCAUUUUCUCGGUGCACUUGGGACCGUAGCCAUGUGCUAAGGCCUUGAACCUUGUUUUGAGGAUUGGGGGACGAGCAGGCUGUAACCGGGUCCCACAGGUAGUACUGUAGUCUCAGCUUCAGGCUCUGCUUCCAACAUGCAACUCCCUCUUGGUCCCAGCGGCCUCCCUUAGACCAAGAUGAAGCAUGCGUGCUGAGAGCUUUUGUCUCUGCAGGUUGCAGCCUCGUACUGAAGAGCAGGCCAUUGGUGGGUGCAUUACAGAUGGGCUGCAGGAAACCCCAUGCUUGAGUCCUUCCCCUGCCAAUCCUGGAUUGUUCUCUAAAGCAGAUUCUCCAGUGCUUUCUAAGACUGUAUUCCAAUGUGACUCUGUCACUUCUAAUUAUGUGGGUGCAAAUUUCUCUCCCCACCCUUUUCCACUCACAAGCUAACACGGCCGUUUCUUCAUCUCUGGUUGUACACAAUACAGUGGUCUUAACAUGGCUGGGACAAGAACUUUUAACAACUGACUGCCUUUGAUCAAACAGCAAUGGCUAAAACUGGCCCUAACCUCACAGAAGCUGUUUGUUGUCUUAAUUUCUUCCCAACAAAGUGGGAUUUUUGUCAAGAUUUUUAAAAUAUAUUUUGGAGCUGGUUGAUGUUGGAUGUAUAGUCCUGUGGUUGAGGCAUGUAUCUAGGAGCUGAGAGAUCUGGCUCUGCUCUGGAUAUCCUGUGUGAGUGUAGGCAAAUCACUUCACUUCCUCCUCUGCAAAUGGGGAUAAUAUUCCCAGGGGGGUUGGGAUGCCUAGUCCAUUAGCGUCUGUGAAGUGGACCAAGAUUCUCAGAGGGAGGUACGAGUACCAUUAUUUUUAUUAUUAUUUAAGGGAAGCCAAAUCCAGGUCCUACGUUGCUUAACAGCUUCCUUUUAACGAAGCUAUGAAAGCAAUUUAGAUGUAAAUGAGUCUGUAAUUUUGUCUGAACUCAAAGGAUCAACUUGAAAUCAUAAUUUUAAAGAGCAGAGUUUCCAAUCUCAGGGCCAGCCGGAGUGACUUUUGUGUAGUGGCAGACUGCAUUUAUCCAGGAGAAUCUUCGGCUGGCUUUCAGCGUCCCAUUUAAGUAUGAAAUGUGUACGCAGGGCCGGUCUGUUCUGUUCCUUAACGUUGGUGGGAGUUGUAGAUGCAUUUCCAGGGACCAGUGGACUAGAGAGAGACUGAAAAUUGGCAUGCAAAUCUACCAACCCAGGCACAGAAUGACUCCCCUCCCCACCUCACUGUGAGGGAAUAGUGGCAUCAUGCCAGUCUGAAAAGGGGGAAAGUGGGCAAUGAAAACUUUGCCCUAAAUCCACAGAUUUCAAACAGCAGCCCAUGGACCGCUGUAAAAUGGCAAACACUUGCCAGUGGUGUUUGGAGAACUGGCUGAUUGCCAUGGUGCUGGCUCCUCUUCCUUGUCUCCAGCUGCGAAGUCUCAUUAAGAGAAGUUAAAAGAACAGGACAUUCCUAGGGUGAUUUGCCCCUGUCAACAAUUUCUGCUGUUCCCACAGAAGUCACAAAGGGGCAGAGACCAGGAGGCCAUCUCUGAGUUCUGUCCCUCUGCCCUAACUCAAACUGAGACGCUUUGAAACCUUUCCAUGAGACACAUGAGCAAGUGCCGGACUGUAGGUAAAAUAACUUCUCUCUGCAGGAUUUUUCUCCAAAUCUCCUCUCUCAGAUUUGUUCUUCCAUUCUGCAUUCACUCCUCUUCGAUGCUGUGGGUUGGAUGUUCGUUGGCUUCAGAGGGAGAUGUGAAGGGACCACACUUGAGGCUUGGCCUACGCUACACGGUUAGGUCGAUGUAAGCUGAUUUGUGCCAACCUAGCUGUGGAAGUGUCUUCACUUCAGUUUGGCUCCUGACGAUGUAAGUGCCUGUCUACACCGAUUUAGUAACGUCACCUCCCCAAGCGGGUUAGAGUCACAGUUAAUGUAAUUAGGUCAACGCAAUGUCAGUGUAGACACUGUGUCGCUUAUGUCAACUGCUGUUGGCUUUCAGGAGCCGUCCCACAAUGCCCCACACUGACAAUACAGUCUAUACAAGCACUCCUGGGGAGGAUGCAUGCUGCCAACACAAGGAGCGAAGUGUGCGCGCACAAGCGAUUUAAUAGCUCCGGUGGCUGUAUGCCGAAAUAAAUUAGGUUGACAUGAUUUUGUAAUGUAGACAUGACCUGAGUGCUUUGGAAAUCCCAGCUAUAUCCAUGUCUUUUUGUUUAUAUGUCAUGUUUUUUAUAUAGUCAUCAGUAUCUGAGUUAUGACCAGUUGGCAAGAUAGGUACCUUUUAUUUGUAAGACACUUUCUCACAAACCCUAUUCUUAAAGCCUCGCUGGCUGCCAGAUUACAUUUUGUUCCAAGGGAAGGAAGUCGGGUCUUCCUAAUUAGUUUAGCAAAUUUAAAAAAAAUAAAAUAAACAAAUCACUGCUAAAAUAGCAAUCUACGGCCUACUGCCACCCUCUCUGAAAGGGAUUCACUGUUGAAAGGAAACUUUUUGACUCUAAUGUUGCACUCCUGUCUCCAUUCUUUUAGAACAAGAAAGUUGCACAUUAAUCAAUAUUUAGAGACCUCAUCACCCAUAACACUUUUCCCCGGGUGCUGUUGAAGUUUGCAGUCGUGCCAAAGACUAAUCAAUUGGCAGCUAAACUAGAUCUUGCGUUUUGAUAUUUUUCUAGUUGUUUUUGUCUUAAACGGGGGGGGAGGAGGAGUGAUAUGGGAAAAAAGAGAACUUUUGAAUAUAUUUUUUUUAAAUGAGUAAAUGGCUCGGAAAGGGAAAGACAUAAGCGUUAAUUCCAAGGUGGUUUUCCAGGCCAGUCUUGCUGAGAAUGGCUGCUUUUAGAUUUGUUCAGGCUGGUGGAGAUUUGAACAGGGAUUAUACAAAAACCAAGCCAUGCAAUUUGUGUUGGCUGGAAGCAGUGAUCUGGAUGUAAAUUGCAUUUUAAAAUAAGUGUGUAGAGGUUUCUCUUCCCCCUGCCCCAAUGCAGAUAGAUAGGAAUACUUCCUUUAUGGCAGACCUGUGAUGCCUUGAAAGUGUAGCAUGGGGACAGCCACCUUCAAACAAGGGAAAUCCCAAGAGCUGUAAACACACUUCCCCUCACACACUUAGUUUAAAAAAAAAAUACAGUUACAGUAUUAAAGAAACUAGGCUCUCAGCAGACCGGAGAGAGCCCUUAAGUGUUGCAAUUGGCGUGACCUAUUGUAAUAUUUUCUGUGGCUUAGACAUAGAAUAUCUGCUAUGUGUAAUGGCUUUGAGGACAGUGGUAGGUUGGUUUUAUUGUACACAGAUUUGCCAAGAAUGAUUUGAGAUGGCAUGCUAAAGCCCUACAUUUUAAAUAAUCUGUAGCUCUUGAAUGGUCACAGGGCACAAGAUUGUCUUUGAGGAAAUAAACAUUUGUUUACAAAACUUGAGACCAGUAGAAAUACUUAGAGGAUGGAAUUUAAACAUAAUAAUGAAUUGAUGCAUAGUUUGUUAGAUAAAACAUUGACCUGCAGUGUCAGUGACCCAAGUGUUGCAAAUUGGGCUAUUGCAAUCAAACCUGGAAGUGAAAUUAACUAAAACGAAAGUGAAUCUGACUUAGGACCCAAUUCCGCAAAGGGAUCCAUGUGAGCAAAUCCUCAUUCCAAUGCUCAUUCCUAAUGACAUUAGCGAGGCAUACGGAUCUGCUCGCAUGGAGACUGGCCCUCGGUCUGUGUUGAUUGUCAACGCAAGGCGUAACCACUUGGCAUAAAAAGCAAGAAGCAAAUUAAAAAUUUUUUAAAUCUAAAUAGUGUCACUUAAUAUACAGAGCAAAUGGUCCUAUUUGUUUUCCCUGACACUCGCCGCAAAUGGCUGUCUUGUUAGGAAAUGGAAGGUGAAAUUAUGACGUGGCUGCUUCUUAUUCUGUUUUAAUCAUUAACAGUUUACAGAAGUUGCUGCUGCUUCUCUUUCGAUCCCCUUGUGUGACUCUGCAGGCUCUUUAAUUGAAUGAGCUUCGUUAUCAUUACUCAUGUGCUGUGCAUUUACCACAUCAAGCUGGUCAGCAGCUCCUCCCAAGGAAAACUCUUUCAGACUCCAUUUAGAAACAUGGCUGCUGCUCGCAUUGUUCUCUGGUGGUGGGCAGAAGUGAGGUCUUCUCUUACAUUUCUCUGGCCUUUUUAUUACUACGAAAGGCCUGUGUGGAAAAGGAAUCUUUGUUGCUUAACAGCUCAUCUUGCACCUGCUGUUUAUUGCACCUGCUGUUUAUUCCUGCCUCACAUGUUCACAUCCAAAGUCAUAACCCCCAUUUUGUUGCCUUGUAACUAGCUACUAGCAAGGAUUGCUCUCACAACUGGGGUGGGGGCUGUAACUUCAGGGAGCUGGAAAUAGAUUAAUAGACUUUUAAAACCAGUACGGACUAUUAGAUAAAUCUACUCUGACUUCACCUAUAACCCAGGCCACAGAACUUCACCCAGGCACUGAGCCCAAUGACCUGAAUUUGUCGAAAGCAUCUUUUAGACGGAUGGCAUUAGAUGGAGAAUCCACUAGUUCCCUUGGUAGAUUUUCCAAUGGCUAAUCACCCUCAUUUAUAUAUAAAAUGCACCUUAUUUCUGGUUUCAAUUAAACGACAGGAGCAGAUUAAUUGUUAAGCAGCAAAGAUCUUCUCCCUGCUUAAUAAAAGCAAAGGAAGUGGGGGAUGAAUGGGGAGCAAAUGUUUCAACAGGAAUCUAUCCGGAUGGAACAUUUUUGUUCCGAGUCAUCACAUCCUAACAUUUUAAGCCGAAUUUAGGUCUCCGAUACGAUGGCAAUUUCCAGCGAGAUCUGUAGCAGCUGCUUGUUUUUGUGACACUUCCAUAGCAUAAUGAUGUGUGCCCGCUCUUCCCUUCUUUUGUAAAGCUUUCGUUCAGUGCCAGUCCAAAAUUUCAAACCGAGAAUAAGCCUGUGGCUGGCGGUGUGUUUUAAACUGAACCCCAUACUAACCUGUAUCUCUCAGGCAAUUAACUUGUCGUGUAAUACACGUCACCACUUAUUCAUUUCUAGUACCAUUCUAUUUCUUCUAAAAUUGCUCACAGACCAUAAAAUCAUAAAAAGUGGUGUAUUAGCUUAGAAAUGUCAUUUCAAGUCUGCCAUAAAGGUGCCUAUUUCCUUCCCUCCAUGAGAUAAUGGGAGGUGGUAAAAGUGUUAAAUAAUCUUGUGUGCCUCAUUAUUCACGGUUGAGAUUUUAGGUCCCUGAUAACAGUGUUACACAAAUAUAGAACUCACUGUGUGGUAAAUGUUAAAAGGACACUGUCAAGUGCUUUUUUAUUUUUGAAAUGACUUAAAAAUAUUUUUUCUCUUUUUUUUUUUUUUCAACACCCUCUUAAAAGCAGGAGUAAAAUUUCCUUUGUCGCUGAUUGUUCUAUUUUGCAAACACUAAUUUUUCCUUUUCUGCACUUCUCCAUUCUCUGCUAGGGAGGCUGUGAAAGCAAAAUGGUUUUUGUUCCCUUCCCCAAGGCCCAACUACAGCGUUGUAAGCACAGCUCUGUAAAUACUCUUCUGCUGCGGAGCCAGUGGAGGGGGCAAAACAUUGCCCUGAAUUUAGGUCCUACAUAAACAGUUGUAGCUGUUGGUUGUUUCUUGACAGUGGAGCGGUUAGAAUCCAGGGGAUAUUCCACGGUAUAAUAGUCUCCUGAUACCAGUAGGUCCAGAUUAGGCCCCAGAUGCCUUCACCAGUUUCCUCUGCAAUAACACACAGAAUUUCAAGAUACCACCUGCCUUAGAGAAUGUGAAGCCCAUUGGGGACAGAAGAAAGGGGAAUUGAGUUUAAACGACUGUGUCCUUCAAGCAGUGACUGAUCACAGAAUCUGAGGAUUGUGCCCUUUUAAUUUUGUCCUUUUGCCUUUCCUUGAAGCAGCUCAACUGUACUGGACUGUUUCCUGUGCUUAGGAACCUGCCAUUCCAAAUGCAGGAUUCUUAACUGGUCCAAAUACAUUCAAAUCCUGCUCCUGCCCUCCCUUAAAGUCCCAGUGGGCUUGGAUUUAGCUGUACUCAGAAGCAGAGAAGGAGAUGUUUAAAGGAAUGAUUAGCCAUAUUCACACCGAAGGGAUUUACUUGCUUUUUCAAAACUCUUUUAUAUCCAUAGGGCCCAGGUUGGGUACCGAGUCCUUUUCCUUACCUAUAAAUAUUUUUGUAAAGGGAUAGAGCUUUUGUUGCUGUUAUUGUUGACGACACUAACUGUUGGGAGGCCGUUGAGCUGGAUAACCUAGGAGAAAAUGAGCAUUUAUCUGUGGGUUACAUAAAACAGACAGAACCCUGACCACUGUGGUUGCUUUUUGCAGCCAUCAGCUGAGGUGAACAUUUUUGUAGUUCAUCUGUUUCUUUUUUGCGUGCGUGUGUGUGUAUUUUUCUUACUAGAAUUCUAAGGACACUACUGAAUCGGUCUGCAAGGAGCCUGUGUUCCUACAGUCUGUGUCAGUACUUUGUAGUUGGACUUUUUUUUUUUAACCAAAAAAAAAAAAAAAUUAAAAAUGGAAAGCUAAACUAGCAGAGGUUUUUAAAUAUUUUAUAUUAGUUCCUAAUGUAAAUUCUUACUUUGUUAUUGGAGUGCCGGUGCAAUCCACCCGCACAUGACUUUUGUAAAAUUUUUGUGACUCACUAAACAUUUUUCCCCCCGUGUAUUCUAAGUGCAUUAAACAUAUUUGCAUAA